AUAUUAUGUUUUACUGGAAAAACAUGGUGGCACCAUUUUCAAUUUUAAAAGGAUUAUUCCAGUGAAAAAGACAAUCUAGUAAAAACUGAAAAGUUGGUGGUCCAUAAAAAUAGUUCAAAAACAAAAACUUGAGAGUCUGAUGCAAUGAAAAAUCUGUGAGGAAAUCAGAAAGAGAAGGGUAGCAGCGAUGUGUCCAAUACCAGCCAGUCAUUGGAACUUCCUCCCUCUUCUCCCUUUUCUUGUUACAGACCUUCUUGUUUAGCCAUUUUAGCUUAGAAUUCUCAGCCACAACUUUCACCUCAAAUUUUGAUUUUUCAGCUAACCACUCUCCAAGCACAGUCUCAGGGCGAUGCUAUCUUAGGAUACAAGGUGGUUUUUCUGAAUUAAGCCUUUAGUUUUGGAGACAUUUGCCGAUACUUGUGAAAACCCAGAUGGAUGGUAAAGAGCUUGGCAGCAGAAGAAGAGUAGGAUCAGUUAAAGAUGCUAUUAACUUCUAUGAUGAUAGAAGAGUUGCUGAUACAGACAAUCCUUCAUUGAAGAAAACCCAGAUGGAUGAUUUUUCAGUGAAACCUUCUUCAAGAACAAGAGAACUCCACAUAGCAAGAAGGGAUAUUGGCCGGUUCAAAGAGAGCAGAGGAACUGCAGAAUCCACAAAAGCUCAAGCAGAAUCUGAGCUUUCAAAUGCAAAGAAAACAGUGAGACAGCUUUCUUCUUUGAUUGCGGAAUCAAGUUACAAGACAAAGACACAAAUGAAAGAUAUUGAAAAGCUAGAGAAGUGGGGAAAGAGCCAACAAGGAGAAAGGAAUGAGAAUUAUGAGUAUGCAAGAGUCAUGAGAGAAUUGGAGUAUCUCAAAAUGGAACUGUUCAAGCUAAAGCUUGAUGUGGCUUCUGUGCUGGAAGACAAAUCAAAGGCAGAGAAAGAAAUUGAAGCAUCAAGCUCCAAGAUGAUCUCUUGUGCAAGAACUGCAGAAGCACUUACAAAGGAGAUUGAGGAAGCCAAUGAAGAACAAGUACUUGCUGAACUGGCCAGGAUUGAGGCUUUGAAAGAAUUGGAGGAUAUCAAAUCCCAGAGAGAAAAGGAAGCAAAUGAGUUUUCAUCCAAAUUGGAAAGCAUAAGGAAGAAAUUCAAGGAGGCCAUUGACGAGGUAAAAGAGUCAAAUGAGCUUGAAAUGAAUUUAGCUGAGACAAUGUCAGAUGUUGAUCUCUUGCAGAAUGAGUUGAACUCACUUAAGGAAAUAGAGAAAAGGGUUCAAGGAGAUGAGAGCAUGAAGCAAUUGGUAACAAGUUUCAAAAAAGAAGAUGAAUAUGAGGACUCUACUGUGUUACUAGAAGAAUUAGAGGCUGCAAAGAAAGAGUUAGCUUUGAUUAAAGAAGAGGGUUUUCAGUUUAUGGCCUCAAUGGAUGUUAUAAGAAAUGAGCUGAAGCAUGUUACUGCUGAGACAAGCAGCUUGAAGAAGAAGGAAAACAAAGCUGAUUCAACACUUCAAAAUCUCAACUCCAAGUUUCUGAGAGCAAAAUCUAAACUAGAAGCGGUGUCUGCUGCAGAUGAUAAGGCGAGAACUAUAGUCAUUAGUCUAUCUCAUGCUCUUGAAAAUCUGAAGACAGAAAUAAGUGAAGCAAAAAAGGAAAAAGAGCUUAUAAGCCAAGAGAUCAUAACCACCAAGGAAGAGAUUCAAAGAACUGAAUUUGAGAUAGACAUGAAUGAGGAAAGAUUACAAGGUGCCAUGCAAGAGCUAGAAGCAGCAAAAACAUCUGAAGCACUAGCUUUGGAGAAGCUGAAAACACUGACCGAGUCAACCAUGAGAGAAAGAGCUUUAUCAGCAAAACAUAGUUCCUUGAUUACGAUCUCAAAAUUUGAAUAUGAGUAUCUAACUAAUCAUGCAGCUGCAGCAGAAGAAAUUGCUGACAAGAAAGUUGCAGCAUCUCAGGCAUGGAUUGAAGCACUCAAAGCAAGUGAGAAGGAAAUAGUGAUGGAAACAAAAAUGGCUCAGAGAGAACUCAAAGAAGCAAUGUUGGAGGAUGAAAAGAGGGAGGCUUACACCAAACAGAAGAUGGUGGUUUCAAGAGGAGUUAGUAAUGAGGAGUUGUGCAAUUGGCCGAAGAAACGCGAGAAGAGUUCAUCAGCCAAGAAUUUUCAGGGAGCUAGUUCAAGAAAGAGCUUCAAAUCCAAUGGUAGUUUAACUCCUGCGAAGCGAGCUAAACUUUAUGCUUCCCCCGCUAGGCAUGUCAGUCCUUUCACUCUCAAGAAGAGGAAGAAGGUGAUGCCAAAUCUAGCAAAGCUGUUUAGUGCCAAGAAAAACACAAGAAUUGCAUAAUGUGUGUUUGGAAACGCUUCUAUGAUUAAUUUUGGAGUCAGAAUCAAUUCCGAGGAGAAAUUUCUGUGAGUAGGUUCUGAGUUUCAAAAUUGAUUCUGGUGAAAGAGAAGCUUAUCCAAAUAUAAUGUGUGUUUGUAGUAGGCCAUGUAACAAAGUAAAUAAAGUAAUGUUACACAAGGUUAAAGGAUUUUGCUCCUAAUAAACAUGAUUUUUUUAUGUGGAUUUAUACAUAAUCAUUGAUAA